AUGCUGCGCCUGCUGUUUGCAAGCUUACUUGCUCGGGGGUUGCUCGGCUGGCCAUGCCCAGGGAACACCACAGCUGAUGACGUUUUGGCAGGGCGAAAUCUCACCAGAAAGCUUGCAAUUGUCACUGGUGGUGACAGUGGACUCGGGUUUGCCACUGCACUCUCGCUGGCGAAGCGUGGUGCGAAGGUCAUCAUCGGCAACCACAACGAAACCAGGGGGAGGUUGGCUGCCAACAACAUUUCAAAGGUGACGGGAGUCGAGGUAGAUGCACUUCCCCUGAACUUGGGUUCGCUUCAGUCAGUGCGGGCAUUCGCCAAAACCUUCUACCAGCAAUAUGGUGGGACACUGAACCUGCUGAUCAAUGAUGCAGGGAUAGGCAGCCCAAGCGUUUUGAGCUCAGAUGGCUUCGAACUGGUCUUCCAGGUGGACUACUUGGGUCAUUUCCUGCUGACCGAGCUGCUCCUCCCAGCUCUGCGACAAGGUCGACCUUCCAGGGUUGUCAACGUAGCCAGCGGAGCCCAUGAAAAUGCUUGCGAAGGAAGCGGGCUGCCAAACGAUUGCUUCCAAAGCUUCGCACAUUUGCCGCCCGCUGUGGUAGCGAACAAGUCCGUGACGAUCCACAGCCGCACAGGCAGUUAUCAGACAGAAGCCUCGAAUUAUGGCGUGGCCAAAUUUCUGCAGAUUCAACAUGCAGCUGCGUUGGCAAAUCGUGAAGCGGAGAACGGUGUAGAGGCAUGUUCCUUGACACCGGGCUUCGUCCUAACUUCCCUCACCGAGAAGGUUGACAUCCACAGCCCAUUCGUCAAGGCGGUCUGCCAGCAGCAGGUGCAUCCAACACCGGAGCUCCCAGCAAACAGCUGUCCUUUCUCAGCGGACCAAGGUGCUGCAGUUAUCGCAUAUUGUGCGACGGGGUCUAUCAGGAGUGGUGCCUACUACUCACGAUCCUUCGCAUGUGAGGAGCACGCCGUCACCAUGGAGGGCUUCACUGAAUCUAUGCAGCCGGAACUGUACACAAAAUCUUUGGCUUGGGCGGGUGAAGCCCUUGCCCAGUUCGUCUAA